AUGGAUAGCAUCAAAAACUCUUCGUCUGUCCAGACCGCCAGUUCGUUUGAGCACCAGAUCGAGGAUGCCGAAGAUGCAGCGACCAUCGAGGCAACAAAGGGCGGCACCAAGGACGAUGAUUAUGACAUGCGUCGUAUGGGAAAGGCCCAAGAGCUUAGAUNNUCCAGCAACGUCACUCUUGCAAACGGCGGUAUGGCUGGUGGGGUCUGGAUGUUCCUCGUUGUGGCUGUGGGAAUGUUCUUCUGCAUGCUUUCCAUGGCCGAAAUGGCAUCAAUGUGGGUCCUGCGUAACCUCGAGGUAUCGGCGCCUACGGCUGGUGGUCAAUACCAUUGGGUCAGUGAAUUUGCUCCGCCCAAGUACCAGCGCUUCCUCUCCUACAUGGUUGCUAUGUGUGCUAGCGCAUACACUCCGGCGCUCAACAUCCAAGGACUUAUCGCACUCAACGUCGAAGGCUACACACUUCCUGGAUGGCACGCCGCUCUCAUGACCAUCGGCAUCGUGAUUGUCUGCAUCUUCAUCAACACUGUUGCUAUCAAGAAACUGCCUUUGCUCGAGGGGUUCAUGUUGCUGUUUUUCUUCUUCAGUUUCUUCACCAUCGUCGUUGUCCUCUGGGUCAUGGCUGAGAGAACUCCUGCAAAGAAAGUGUUUACUGAAUUCAGCGACAACAUGGGCUGGGGAAAUGUAGGCUUGUCCACACUGAUCGGUAUUUUGUCUCCGUUCACCACUCUUCUUGGCUCCGACUCAGCUUGCCACUUGAGUGAAGAGUUGAAAGAUGCAUCAUGGGUCCUUCCGAGGUCCAUGGCUGCUACUGCUGUCGUCAACUACGCUCUUGGCUUCUUUACCGUCAUCACACUCAUGUUUACUCUGGGAGGUUCUGUACAAUCUGUUCUCGAUACCAAGUUCGGUCAGGGAUAUAUUCAGGUCUUCUACAAUGCCGUUGGGUCUAAGGCUGGUGCAUCAGGACUCACAGCAAUUGUUUGUGUUUUGUUGUUCUUCACUGCCAUCAACCAAGUCACCACGACGUCAAGACAACUCUUCGCCUUCGCCAGAGAUGGUGGUCUGCCAUUCUCUGCAUUUCUCGGUAGAGUAAGUCACGUGGGCCCCUACCCUGCUGGAACCUCCAAGUUGACAGUUAUAGNNGUUCGACCCGACAUGGAUAUUCCUCUCAAUGCAUGCACAGUUACCGUGGUCCUUACCGUUCUCAUUUCACUCAUCGUCAUUGGCUCAAACACAGCGUUCAACGUCAUCACCAGUCUGUCUAGCGUCGGACUCCUUACCUCGUACAUCAUUUGCAUUGGAUGCAUGGCCAGAAAGCGAAUCAUGAAGGAGGUUCUUCUACCCAGCCGCUUCAGCUUGGGUCGCUGGGGUCUCGCCGUCAAUCUGACAGCUAUCAUAUUCUUGUCUUUCUGUUGGGUCCUGCUCUUCUUUCCUUCCAGACCGCAUCCCGACGCACAGAACAUGAACUGGACCAUUCUAAUCUAUGGGGUUACCUGGAUUGCCGCGGUCAUUUACUACAAGUUCAAGGGCAAGUACGACUAUGCCGGUCCUGUCGAGGGAAUCAACAAGGACUAUUGA